AUGUUUCAAAUUUUCGUGGCGGUUGCAAUACUUUCCGUGCUCAUCAACGCAGAAGAGAGCAGAACUCCGCUGUAUGAGACAAACUCUACUCAAAGAUCGACUGACAUCGAUCAUCGACAGAGUCGUUCGGUUAGGAGUCGUGUUGCUAUAAGAAUAAAAUUGCAAAAUGAUCACGAAAAUUCCUUUUUUGGCUAUAUCUCAAUUGGAUCUUUUCCACAAUAUUUUAAAGUACUUUUCGAUACUAGUUCCUCAAAUUUCUGGAUACUAUCUAAAAAUUGCAAUAGUAAUACCGCUGCUUGCACCUCAGAAUCACAUAUUAAAUAUAAUGAUAGCAAAUCAAAAACAUACAUAUCAAAUAGUACUUCAUUCGAUAUUCAAUACGAUGAUGAUGUUAUCUCCGGAUAUUUAUCUACUGAUGUAGUGUAUUUCGGUCUUCGUAGCUCAAUUGCUGUUCAAAAUCAGACAUUCGGAGAAGCAAUAAGCUAUAGACGGCGAUUACAGCUUGUUCCAAAUUAUGAAGGAGUCGUGGGAAUGGGUUAUUCCACAUCAGCUAUUACAGGAAUUCCCGUUCUUAUUAACAUGGUUCAACAACGCCUGUUGUUACGACCCAUUUUUAGCAUCUAUAUGAAAAGAGAGUAUGUACUUUUCACUGAGGUUGGUGAACUGAUAAUUGGUGAUACCGAUCCCAAUCUUUAUGUAGGCAAACUCACGUAUGUUAAUGUUACACGCAAAGGAUACUGGAAAUUUACUAUGGAUACAGUUCGACUAGGAAAUAAUACCUUAUGCGCGAAUGACUGUCAAGGUAUUAUUGACUCGAGCAACUUUCGAAUAUCUGGACCGCUAUCGGCUAUUGCAGUUAUUAAUAAAUAUAUCAGAACUAUUAGUCUUAACGAUUCAGCAUUUGUGGACUGCAAAAAGAUUUACAAGUUGCCCGAUAUUUAUUUUAUCAUAGGUGGAAGAAUAUUCGAACUUACUAGCGAAGACUAUAUUAUUCAAUCCACGUUAAGCUAUGGCACAUCGUGUAUGAGCCCUUUCGAGGAUAAUAACAUUUCGGAUAAGGAUGGUCCAACGUGGGUUUUAGGCAGUCUAUUUCUUCGUCGAUAUUAUAUUAAAUUCGACAUGGGAAAAAAUAAAAUGGGAUUCGCCCCUGCAAAAUAA